AUGUCGAGCUCCUCCUAUCCCCACUCGAAGCGCAGCGGCGAAGAUUUUACCGGCACCCACUAUGAUGCCAACCCGGAGGAUUCUUCGGAACAUAAGAAGCCGCGCUUCGAUCUUCGCAACCCCUCAGCCCUCGCUGCCGAUGCUCCCGAGGAAGAUGCAGUUCUAGACGCCGAUGAGAUUGGCCGCCGGGGCCAGCAAAUCAGGCGCAAAGCCGUCAACCUCGACGGUUACGAUUCAGACAGCGACAACGAAGGGUUCGGCGCGCGCACAGAGGAGAAAUCCAAGCGCAAGCAAGACAAGCAAGACGCCGAUGAUGAUGACAUGUUUGCCGAGCUACAGGAGGAUUUUGGCGAGGAGGAAGUGGACGGCGAUGAAGCUUUGCACAAAAACAAAAAGUCCGUUCGCUUUCUACGAGAUGACGAGAUUGAGGGUCAGGUUGCUUCCUCCAAAAGCGGGGGAGGGGUUAAUAUCGAUCUGAACAAGGGUGUCAACGACAAUGACGACGAUGAGGAUGGGAGUGGCAGUGAAAUUGGAGAAGAAGAACGCGCGCGAGCGGACGAGGUGGACAAGGAGCUUGGGGCUGGCGCGAAAAAGAAGCAUGCGCCCCUUCUUGAUGCCUUCAACAUGACCACCGAGCAGGAAGAGGGCAGAUUCGACGAGACAGGCAAUUACGUUCGCAAAGCCGUCGACCCGGACGCGGUUCACGACUCAUGGUUGGAUGGUGUGUCCAAAACAGACAUCAAGAAAGCCAAAGAAGCUGCCGACCAGCGCGACCAAGAGCGGAAAGCCAAAGACCGUGAAAACGAUAGCGUUCUGACAGCCGAUAUUUUGACAACUCUCAUCACCAACCUGGAACGCGGCGAGACGAUACUCGAAGCGCUGGCUCGACUGGGCAAGGGCCUUCGCCGGAAACCCAAGUGGCAGAACAAAAAGAACAAAAAGAGCGUCUCCGAAGACACCGAGAUGGCGGAAGAGGACCCCAACGAGGUAGCCCGGAAGAAGGCAAUCGAUGCCGUUACUGGGGCUGCUGACAUCUUGAUGGGCCGAGGCCAAGAGCAAAUCUAUGAUACUGAGCGCGAAGUCCUCACCCGACAAUAUCGUACCGAGACAGGUGAAACGUGGGUCGAUCCUCCAUCUGAGCAAGAACAGACAGAGCAAGGACCAGCUAUGUGGGAAUACAGGUGGUCUGAUGCGCGUGAUGGAGGAAUCAUCAAUGGGCCAUAUGACGGCGCAAUGAUGGACUCGUGGAAGAACGCCGGCUACUUUGGCGAAGGUGUCGAAUUUCGACGUGCCGGCGACCCUGGACCUUGGAGCAGCACUGUCGAGUUCUUGUGA